GCGCUGGCGCUGCUGCUCAUCACGGUGUUCACCUAUGUGCCGCCACUGCUGGUGGCCUACCGGAGCCACGGUUUCUGGCUGAAGCAGAGCGCCUACCUGGAGCAGCCCACUGUGCGGUUCCGGUACGAGGUGCUCUUUGUGGCCACCAUCGGGCCUGGCCCGGGCAGCUUCUUGGCGUGGAGCACGUUCCCAGCAUUCAACAGGCUCCAGGGGGGCCGGCUGGGGGGGCCGCGCCUGGCAACUAGAGAAGAAGACAAAAAUCAAGAUGGCAAAAUGGAUCAGUUGCAUUUUAAAUUGGAACUUCCACUACAACCUACAGAGCACAUAGUUGGUGUUCAGCUGAUUCUGCUCUUUUCCUAUCACCUUUAUAGAAUGUCAACGCUUGUGAUGCAGACCAUGGCUUUUCUUCAGUUUUUUUCUCCUGUGCCAGGGUCUCAGCUCUAUGUGAACGGAGACCUGAAAUUGAACCAGAGGCAAUUACUUAACCAUUGUGGACUGGAUACCAGAUACAAUGUGUCUGUGGUCAACGGCACAAGUCCUUUUGCAAGUGACUAUGAUUUAACAAACAUCAUUGCAGCAUAUGGGGAUAGAAAUGUGACAACAGUCUUUUCAGAUCCCAACCCUGUUUGGAUGACUGGAAGAGCAACAGAUACACCAUUUAUCAUUAAUGCCACUAUUCAUUACCCAGUGGAAGUUAUUAAAUAUCAGCCAGGAUUUUGGGAAAUUAUGAAAUUUGCCUGGAUCCAGUAUGUCAGUAUUCUCCUUAUCUUUCUUUGGGUGUUUGGUAGGAUUAAAAUGUUUGUGUUCCAGAAUCAGGUGUUGACUACAACUCCAAUAUCACCAGUUCUGCCAGUGUCUCCACUAGCCAAGCAGCCCGUGUGUGAAGGCGGGAUCUUUCACCGCUCUCACGAGGCCCGCAGGAUGCGCCAGGGCCUGCGGGCCGCCCGGAGGGGGAGGCGGCGGCGCGAGAUGCGGCAGGCAGGCCCAGGGCGCUGCGGAGGGCCGUGGAGACGAGGGCGCGUGCCGGAGGCCGCUAGGCG